AUGGAGGAAAGUAGUGAUUUAUUAGAAGAAAUAAUGGAUGAAGUGUGUAAAUCAAGCUCUGAAAGAAAGCAACCUAAUUUUUCAUCUGCACAGAAUACGAGACAGAGAUUUGAAGAAGAAGAAGAUGAAGUAGAUAAUUAUAAAGUAAAAUCUUACCAACCUAGAAAUCUUCAUAAUUAUAGUAGUGAUGGUGAAAACUUUCCUUAUCAUGAUAUCUUCUCUGAUGGUAUGUCUAUAUGUCACCUUUAUCUCUCUGUGUCAAUGUUUGUCUGUACAUUUGUACUUCCAUGUAAAUACUCUAGAAUCUACAGUUUAUGA